CUCGGCGGAUACAGUAUCAAAUGUUUCCCACAAUGCAUAGCGAGGAGGACUAAAGAUGGCGGCGAAUCCGAACUCUAGCAAACCAAUAUUUGAGUGUCCGAGCUGGGCAGGGAAGCCACCCCCAGGUCUGCACCUUGAUGUUGUGAAAGGAGACAAGCUCAUUGAGAAACUAAUUAUUGAUGAAAAGAAAUACUACCUAUUCGGAAGGAACCCAGAUAUCUGUGACUUUACUAUUGACCAUCAGUCUUGCUCCAGAGUUCAUUCCGCCCUAGUCUACCACAAGCAUCUGAAGAGGGUCUUUCUGAUAGACCUCAACAGCACACAUGGGACAUUUCUGGGCCAUAUCCGAUUGGAGCCCCACAAACCUCAACAGAUCCCCAUAGAUUCCACAAUUUCAUUUGGAGCAUCGACACGCAUGUACACCUUACGAGAGAAACCGCAAGCUCUCCCAUCUGCCUUAAAAGGCGACGAAAAGGCAGGGGAAGAUGAUGAAUUAAAGGGCCUGCUGGGCCUUCCAGAAGAAGAGACUGAGCUUGAUAAUCUUACAGAGUUCAAUACAGCCCAUAACAAGAGGAUAUCCACACUAACUAUAGAGGAGGGCAACAUUGAUAUUCAGAGACCAAAGAGGAAGAGGAGAAAUUCCCGUGUAACUUUCAAUGAGGAUGAUGAGGUUAUCAACCCUGAGGAUGUUGACCCUUCGGUUGGGCGUUUCAGAAAUAUGGUGCAAACAGCAGUGGUUCCUGUAAAGAAGAAGAAAACAGAAAUAACUGGAUCCCUUAGUCUAGAAGAUUCAGUGGGACGGCGUGUCCAGAACUUUCCGUUUACUGGAGGCCUCUAUGGUGGACUUCCACCAACACAUGCCGAAGGUGGGGCACAGACAGCUGGAGGCCAUGGCACAGCCCUGAUGGGUGGAAUGCCCUUCCCUAAUCUUGCUCCAGAGGUGGAUCUUGCACCUACCACUGCUACUGUUGCUCCCAUAACUGUUGCCCCUGCUCCAACCAGCUUCACUGCCGAAGCGGUUAAUGAACCCAAGAAAAAGAAGUAUGCCAAGGAGGCGUGGCCAGGGAAGAAACCCACUCCGUCAUUGCUCAUCUAAGCUAACUGCUAUAACCCAUCUAGGACGAGACUGGGUCAAUAAGCCAACACUCUUUGCUUUUCAGGUAUCAGCCAAAAAGAAGGGAGCUGGCACAUUUUAGCCAGGUUUUCGUCAUUUAUGGUCAUUUUCACUUUAGUUGUAUAAAGAGAACUAUGUCAGCAAUCGGUCAAAAUAGAGGUGUCUUUAAAUUUCCUCUUGAUAAUGAAACAACUUCAUUUUAUAUUGAAAUUGAUUUCGGACUUGAACCGGUUAGAAAAACUCUCCAGACAAGUAACGAGUUCAUACACACAGAAUCGGUGUAGAAGCAGCCGUGAUGGAGAACCUAUUACUGAUCAAUGUGCUUUGUGUUGGCCUAUAUACAGUGUAUAGAAUCCUGCAUGCAACUGUACAGCUUUAGACAUAUUUUUAUAUUUAAUAAUUUGAAUUCUGUACAUUUAUGGAAAACUUUCCUCUUGCUCCGUUUUAUUUGAAUGUAUGUGUGUACAGUAUAUGUGUGAAAGCUAGCUCACAUUAAUUAUCUUUUUAUUUGCCCAUUCUAAUAUGCAGUUGUCACCAGUCAGGGUUAAAUUUACCAGGUAGAAGAUAGCAUGAUUUAUUCCUGCAGUACUUUAUCCUCCACCUAUUCCAUAUUUGAGCACCAAGGAGAACAUUUAUUUUGAAGCAGAAUAAUCAUCUAAAUGAGAACAUUUACGAGUAGGGCUCGUAAACUUGUUCCUCACCAGUAGCUACAGAGGACAUUGCUCUAUUACCAGUUAGCAGAAACAGCAAGAUUCUUGUAUUCAAAAUCAGUUAACUGUUAGGGGCAGAUUUAUUAAGGAUUAAAUAGUAAAUUCGAUUUUUUUAAAAAAAAUUUUGGUGUCAAAAUUCUAAUUUGAAUCCCCCAAAAUGAGAUUUAUCACAUCUCAACCAUGGAAACCGUUCUAAUUCGAAUAAUCGCUACCUAAAACCUGCCAAGUUCAUUUACAAGUAAAUGGCAGAGGUCCAUUCACCCAUUUAAAUAAAUUUAUUUAAAAUUGCCUUACUGACAUUCAAGUUUUUUGGGGGUUUUUCAGAGAAAAACUCGAUUUGAAUUAGAUUCAAAUUCAAUUAGAAUUUUCGGGUCGUUCCUAUUCGAUUGAAUAUUAGAUAUUCGAGUUUUUUCAUAAAUAGCCUCCCAUUAGAGUUGAGUACAUUCAAAUUUAUUAGAGUAAAAAAAAAAUCGACCUUUGAUCAAUAACCCCCUUAAUGAUGUUGUUUCUCCUCAAUACUAUUUUGAUUCUUUGGUUCUUGACAUGUAGAAUGGAAGGCACUUUGCUGUAGAAUGGAGCAGCUGGUGAGCCCCGUACCAACCCCGGCUUUCUACAUAUAUUUCUAUGAGUUAAAGCAAGAAGCUUCUUACUUCUGUUGAGUAGCAGAUAAGGGUCUUGUGACAAAAAGGGAAAGCUUGUUUUACUGGUCGAGAAUACACACCUUCAAUCCCCAAAGUCCUAUUGAGGAUAAAUUACAAUGUACAAAAAGCAGAUAUUAAAAAUGUACAAUUUAUUACUUCUAUAUAAUCUCUAAAAACACUGGCCAGCCAGGAAACACAAUGAAUAAUUUAAGAAUAAAUAUACAUAAAAACAAUUAUAGAUUCAAUGCAGGUGGAUAAUCAUUUUUCCUGUAGAGAAAAAUCAAGUAACUAUUCCUUGGUUGCGAUGUAUGCUUGUAGUUUACAAAACAAGAAAAGAGUUUUGAGUUGUAGUUCAACAAGAACGAUAAGUUAUUUCAAUUGGGGUUGUGACCAAGAUUUUUUUUUUCUCCCAAUAUGGUGAAGCAAUGAGGUAUGCAGAGUGCUUUACUGAGUGGAUAAGCAGGCAGAUCGAUGAAUGUCUAAAUAAGAGAAACAUUUUCUAGGGGAUGUAUUGGGGCGUCCCCCACUCCCUCCUCCUUGCCAGCUGUAAAAGCCCCCCAAAAUAGAUUGGAAUAGUCUCACCAGAUUCUAAGUUCCGGAAUUCCUCGAGGGCACAGCCGGGUUUGAACUCUCGGCAGCCUCAAGCCUGUUUCACGAAUUCACCUCUCUGCAGAUGUCCUUUUCACAAGGAUCCAAGAUGGCGCACAGUCUGUUUCAGUGCGUGCGCUCCUUCUUACUUCUGUUGAGUAGUUUUAAAGAUUCACUUGCAAUAAAUAACAUUUGAUGAUCUAUAAAUAGGAGAUCUAUAAUGAUCAGUUUGAAAGUCACCUGUUGCACCAACCAUUGCCCAGCCUUGUGGUCAGUUAAAGGAAAACUAUACUCCCAGAACAAAUGUAGGUCUCUAUAAAAAAUAUAUUGAGUAAAACCCUGCUUCAUGUAAAUGAACCAUAUUUAUAAUAAUAUACUUUUUUUUUAGUGACUAUGAAGAUUUUCAUUCAUCCAGGUCAUGGUAUAUCUAGUAAAAGUAAUUCUAAAACAACCGCAGUACAAUAUUACUCGGCAAGUUGCUUUUAGAAUUACUUAUACUUGAUAUACUUUUUUAGUAGUAUGUGCCAUUGGGUAAUCCUAAAUAGAAAAUUGCCAUUUUAAAAAAAUAAGGGCCUUCCUCUGGGAUCUAGGAUUCACGGUGCACACAAACAAACCAUACUUGUUAGGUCACAUGAGCCAAUUAACAGACAGAGUUUUAUCUUUUGCUUCCAAACUUCUUCCUGUUACAGUUAGUGUUGUAUUUCUGGUCAGGUGAUCUCUGAGACAGCACACAGACCAUCAAUCUUUAAGGGAAGAUUAUUUUCUGUUCUGUGUAUUUUUAGAUUUUCAGCACAGUGACUGAUAAAACAAUGAACUGAAACUUGGGCAUACAGCUGGCCAUUCAUAUACUUAUUAGCUGGACAGAUACUCGCUAUGUACCCUGCAUAUUGGUUGGUCUUUCAUCAGACAGGUUUGGAAAAUGUCUUUAGCCAAUAUGGGCCAAAGGAAAAAACUUCCUUACCAUUAAGGAUCAACCAGUGUAUUGCCCAUAGCGAUCCAUUUAAGUAGGUAAUUGGUGUGAUUAUGAAUUCUGUACUAUAUACGCACAGACCUGUGCCAGAAUUCUGUUGUCUUUUUCUGUCUUCUUUUAAACACACAAUCAUUUCACCAAUUCAUUAUCAGGAGGAGAAUUUAAUUUGAUUACCUUUUAGAUGAUACUGGCAAGUUGAGCUGGUGUGAUUUUUAGCCUGGUUUUGGCAUGUUAAUACACCCCAUAUGCGUCCAUCUAGAUCAGUAACCCUCUGCCACACACCAGUGCUUUAAUACAUUUGUGUUAUAAAGAUGCCAGCUAUUCAUUCACUGAGUGAUAGUAGUUGCACAACUGCACUGGUUAAUCUGCUCUAUUACUAAAUCAUAGAACAGAAGCAGGACUGUUUGUGACACCAAAAGCUUUUUCAUCUUCUUUUCCCCUUAACAAGAAGGUCGUUUAUGUGAGCCAGCUAUAGUCAUCCAUCAGAUAUCAAAAAAUUUUGUAUAUAGAUUUCUUUUCUGAUUGUGCAGAUUUAAUUUGAUAUAUAAACCUUGUUAAAGUUGUAUUUUAACACUUUGUAUAUCAUUAGUCUGAGUUUUGACUAUAACUUGUUAAAAGGAAUUAAAAGACUCGGAUCUACUU